AUGUAUCAUUACCGUUUGGAUGUUAUUUUAAGUAUUUACUUUUCUGCUUGUAGUAUGAAUUCAGUGGUCCAAAUGUACGGAAGGAAAUCUUACCAAACACUGAAGACGACAAAAAUCAACCUUUUAGUUUAUGUUUCAUUUAACUAUGUGUAUCACCUAUUUCUUUUCAUAGUAUAUUUCUGUGUUAUAGUUUGCAUGAAUGCCCGUGUCCUAUUUCUUUCAUUAAAUUGUAUGUCAAAGUAUGUAUGCGGAAAAGUUGUAAAUACAUGCGUUUUAACGUUUGUGUGA